CUCUAUACUGCUCCGCCCGCUCCGUUGUGCUGGCAGGCUAGCCCACCGGAAAACCACCUGCGCCUGCAGGAUGGCCAACAUGUCCGCUCCCGACCGCUCAGGCUCACCUACCCUCCUUGAGAAGAUUGACGAAAUCGUCCCGGCGCCGCUCGCACAGUUCGACGCGUUCCCAAAACUCCCAUCUACCUACAAAGCGCGCUCGGAGUCCCGCGGCUUCCUCACUGUCUUCGUUGCUCUCCUGGCUUUUUUGCUUGUACUCAAUGAUAUCGGCGAAUACAUAUGGGGCUGGCCGGAUUACGAGUUCAGUGUGGACAAGGAGCCGGGAAAUAACAUGAACGUUAAUGUGGAUAUGAUGGUCAACAUGCCGUGUCGCUUUCUCAGUGUGGACCUCCGAGAUGCUGUCGGUGAUCGGCUAUACUUGAGCAGCCGUUUCCGCCGGGACGGGACGAAGUUCGACAUCGGCCAGGCCACUUCAUUGAAGGAACACGCUGCUAUGCUGUCUGCGCAACAGGCAGUUGCCCAAUCUCGCAAGUCUCGUGGGCUUUUCUCGACGCUAUUCCGAGGAAGCAACAACCAGUACCGUCCGACAUACAACUAUCAGAAGGAUGGCAGUGCGUGCAGAAUAUAUGGAACAAUCACUGCCAAGAAAGUUACUGCAAACCUGCACGUUACAACCAUGGGACACGGCUAUGCCAGUAGGGAACAUGUUGAUCACAAGCUCAUGAAUUUAUCCCACGUCAUUACCGAGUUCUCCUUUGGGCCGUACUUCCCGGAGAUUACGCAGCCACUCGACAACUCCUUUGAGGUGGCUGACGAUCCAUUCAUGGCGUAUCAAUACUACCUUCAUGUUGUACCGACGACGUAUAUUGCGGCGCGCUCAGCGCCUCUGUAUACACAUCAGUACAGCGUUACGCAUUACACUCGCAAGCUGGACAGCCACCAUGGUACUCCGGGUAUCUUCUUCAAGUUCGACCUUGAGCCUCUCGCCCUCACUAUACACCAGCGCACAACCUCACUUGUGCAGCUUUGGAUUAGAUGUGUCGGUGUUAUUGGUGGCAUAUUUGUCUGCAUGGGAUAUGCUGUGCGCAUCACCGAUCGCGCAGUCGAAGCUGUCUCGGGUGUCGACAAGUCGCAAGGGAUCGUCGCCGCGGAGGCCAGCGGAGUCGGUGUUGGCAUUCGCAAGCGUCUCGGUAAUACCGAUGUCCGCCUGCGCGGCAACCGUCAAAGCUGGGCUGACGGCGGCGGUGGUAGCGCGUACUCGAGCUACGCCGGGACGCCCGUGUCGGGCGCCUUCCCAAGCCCUCAGCUCGCGGCGUACCCGUCGUCGCCCUACGCCGCAAGUAUCUCGAGCCCCCUGCCGAGCGCCCCACCUAUGGACCGCCGCUCGUCUGGUCUGGGCUUUGGGCUGAACUCGCCUUCGUUCGGCCCAGUCCCGUCGACUGCACCACCGCAAGGCCGACGUUCCCCGAACUCACCGUUCCUGACGGCUGCGACGGCUGGGUCGCCAUACAGCGGAACGUUGUCUGUGCCGCCUACGCCUGGCACCGCGCAGAGCGGGUUCUACUCGCACUUCCCGCCGACACCGAACCCUGCAAACGCGGGCUUCCCACGCUCGCCUGCACCGGGUGGUGGAGGCACGUUCGCCACGCAGCAGGGCAUGACGUCUCCGCCGCCACCGCGAUCUAGCGGACUGCGCCACCAGAGCAGUAGCGAUAAUAAGGCGAAGGAUGACUAGUCUCUGUCUUGGAGCUACGGAAUGGGACUUUGGUGCUCGUACUACUUUGUGCGGAUUCGCUAGCGCUGUCUGUGCUCUGUAUGUGUAUGUUAUCGCUUUGGGAUCGCUCUCUCAUGCAUCUGCGGUCUUGUGUAUGGUAUCUCAAGUGUGGAGAUUGCCCUGGCUGAGCGGGAAAUGGCUCGUCAGGUUCAACGAA